CCACCUCGGCCUCCCAAAGUGCUGGGAUUACAGGCGUGAGCCACCUCACCCAGCCUGUUUGUUUGUUUUAAUCCACAUUAGAUUGUAGGGUUUUGGCAGGAAUUCUGUUUCUCCUUGGACUUUUAGUGGCCCCUAACCAGUGGAAUCAGUAUAUGUUUAUUGGAUGAAUCAAUGAAUGAAUGAAGGGAAUCAGAGGUCACUGAUGAAGAAAACUCCUUCCAUAAUUUCUUCUUGUGAAUAAGCUGUCGAUAUCCAACCAGCAUGCCUUGGACUUUAUUGUGGGAAGACCCUAUUAUUUAAAAACGGCUCAACUGAAAUAUAUGGAGAAUGUGGGGUAUGCCCAAGAGGACAGAGAACGAAUGCACACAAAUAUUGUCAGCCUUGCACAGAAUCUCCUGAACUUUAUGAUUGGCUCUAUCUUGGAUUUAUGGCAAUGCUUCCUCUGGUUUUACAUUGGUUCUUCAUUGAAUGGUACUCGGGGAAAAAGAGUUCCAGUGCACUUUUCCAACACAUCACUGCAUUAUUUGAAUGCAGCAUGGCAGCUAUUAUCACCUUACUUGUGAGUGAUCCAGUUGGUGUUCUUUAUAUUCGUUCAUGUCGAGUAUUGAUGCUUUCUGACUGGUACACGAUGCUUUACAACCCAAGUCCAGAUUACGUUACCACAGUGCACUGUACUCAUGAAGCUGUCUACCCACUAUACACCAUUGUAUUUAUCUAUUAUGCAUUCUGCUUGGUAUUAAUGAUGCUGCUCCGACCUCUUCUGGUGAAGAAGAUUGCAUGUGGGUUAGGGAAGUCUGAUCGAUUUAAAAGUAUUUAUGCUGCACUUUACUUCUUCCCAAUUUUAACUGUGCUUCAGGCAGUUGGUGGAGGCCUUUUAUAUUACGCCUUCCCAUACAUUAUAUUAGUGUUAUCUUUGGUUACUCUGGCUGUAUACAUGUCUGCUUCUGAAAUAGAGAACUGCUAUGAUCUUCUGGUCAGAAAGAAAAGACUUAUUGUUCUCUUCAGCCACUGGUUACUUCAUGCCUAUGGAAUAAUCUCCAUUUCCAGAGUGGAUAAACUUGAGCAAGAUUUGCCCCUUUUGGCUUUGGUACCUACACCAGCCCUUUUUUACUUGUUCACUGCAAAAUUUACCGAACCUUCACGGAUACUCUCAGAAGGAGCCAACGGACACUGAGUGUAGACACGUGAAAUGCCAAAAACCUAAGAAGUGCUCCUAAUAAAAAAGUAAAUCAGUCUUAACAUUGUAUGAGAACUAUUCUGUCAUAUAUGGGAAUAAGAUUGUCAGUAUAUCUUAAUGUUUCGGUUUGUUUUUGUUUUGCUUAUGGUUAGACUUACAGACUUGGAAAAUGCAAAACCCCAUAAUACUCUGUUAUACAGGGUAAUAUUAUCUGCUACACUGGAAGCCCACUAGGAAGCCCUUGCUUCUCUCAACAGUUCAGCUGUUCUUUCGAGCAAAAUCAUGUUUCUGUGUACCUAGCAAUGUGUUCCAUUUUAUGAAGAAAAACUUUCAACACAUGUAAUGUGCACUCCUUAACAGUGGCAUAAUUGUACAUACCCGUUGUGUUUCAGUUUGUUUUUCACCUAUAAUGAAUUGUAAAGACAAACAUACUUGUGGGUUCUGAUAGCAAACAUAGAAAUGAUGUAUAUUGUUUUUUGUUAUCUAUUUAUUUUCACCAAUACAGUAUUUUGAUGUAUUGCAAAAACAGAUAAUAAUUUAUAUAACAUGUUUUCUGUCUAUAGACUGGUUCAAGGCUUGUUUGGAUUAUUGUUCCUGUAAAGAAAACAAUAAUAAAAAGCUUAACUACAUAAAAUUUCAAUGUUUUGACACUUAAUUGUUGUUGUUUGGCACAAUAGUAUGGAAGUAAUUCAAACUGGUAAAUAGUUUCCUCUCAUAUCUCGGGUAUGUAUACAUAGCAUAUUUUAUUGAUCCAGAGAUACUUUUUAUUUCACGUUUUGACAUCUCUGAAUUAGGAUGCAUCUUACAACUGAUGGCUUAUUAGAUUUAUGAAAUACAGAAGAUACACAGGGUUUUCCUGUGGUUGGUUUGUGGUUUGUGAUAGGUUUUCUGUGAUGUUUAUGCUUUGAAGGUCUUGAGACUUAGGAUCGCAACCAUGGAAGCAAAAUGAGAUUUUUAGCUCUUAACCUAACAACCUGACCAUGUUUAUCCAUUUUUAUUGUUUAGAAUUUUAUUUAUUGAUUCUGCUACUUGGUGGAGGUUGUGUGAGUUAGUUAAAUUUUAAAUGUUUAAGACUUCUGUUAACAGCUGCAAAAUGUGAAAGCAAGUGCACUCACUUUUCCUGUAGUUCUGUUUGUCUUUUGAAUUCACAGCAGUUGUAUCCUUGAGUUAUUUUGUUAGUUAUUCUUUGUUAAUGUAUUUUUCUCAGUACAUUUAACCACUGGGAAAUGAACUCUUGGUACGAAUGUGUUUCUUCUUUUCUGUAGGAAUAAAAAAUAAAUGUAAAAAUUCUA